AUGGGCAGACACUUGCUAGAACAUGACGCUUCCAUCUUCAAGAGAAGAAAGAAGGAAACGUCAGAGAACGCUGCAUCGCCAAAACAAGCUUCCACGACUCUAGAGCCGGACUCCGCCUUCGUGACUCUCAAGUACACCAGAGCACGCAGUGAGGAACAAGAUCAGGCUCAGGUCCCUUCUCUAGGGAUUUCGAGCACAUUGGAUGUCGACCCAGAGGAUGACCAAGUGGUUCCGUGUGCCUACACUCAAGCCAUGAAAGAAGCAAGAUCCAGAGGAAUGACAGCCGAAGAAUACCUCCAGGACUUCAAGAGGGAAAUGUUCGAAGAUUCGCGGAGACAGGUUGCCAAGGAGAGAUCGAUGUCGAAAACGCUCAGUCGCAAGAGAGCUCGUGAGAACGAUCAAACUGGAUCCAUCGCACGCAGGACAUCGGAUCAUUAA